UCUUGCUUACAAUUUAAGCUUUGUCAAAGUAAUUUCAAUACACAUGAUGCAGAGAAUGACAAAGACAUUCAGAGAAUAAAAAAUAAAAAGCUUAAAAAACAAGAGUCAGUUUGAUUAGUAGGUACAAUCUGCAAGAUCAGUUGUACCUUUCAAGACUGGAAGUGGUUAUAAUUUGUUGGCCGGCAGUCAUCGGAUAUUAUUAUUUACUCCCAUUAUUGUAGUCAAGAAAUUGAAUCGGUGAAACCAAGAUAUCAAAGAGACAAAGACUAGGAAAAAGAUAAAUAAUCUCUGUACUUUAAGCUACUGGCCUAUCUGCUAGGUAGUUCUUUAUCUGAAAGUCUGAACCAUGGCAGAGGAGCCAAAGAAGGUCCCUGAUGAACUUCCUAAAGAAUCAUCACCAGCCCCAUUACCCAUUCUUGAUUGGAGUAACCCACCAACACCAGCUGGGAAAAUGUCAUGGCCAGAAUUACUAGGAGUGGCAGCAGAGGAAGCAGAGAGGAAGAUAAAGGAGGAGAAACCAGAGCUGAAUGUACAUAUUAUUCCACCUAAUUCCAUGGUUACUAUGGAUUACCGUUUAGAAAGGGUUCGUCUCUUUGUGGAUGAAUCUGGAAAAGUUGCUCAAGAGCCUAGACUUGGCUAAUCAUAUUUCCCAAAAGCAGAUUUGUAAACAUUGUUGAGAAUCAAAGUGCCUCCUUUGAUUUUCUCUGUGAAUUAAUGUUGUACUACUAUGUCCAAUGUGUGUGUAUAUGCCUAUCCUAUCUGGUUGUCUAUGGAUUAUGAAUAAAGGUUGGCACUUGAACUAUCA